CCGGCUGUCCCUGUCAGAUCCUGCUGCCAGAAUCAAGCAAAGAGUGAGUCAAAUGUUGGUAAGUGCUGUAGAGGUGUUAAUUUGGCAAUGUGAUUGGAUACUGUUGUGAGCUAUAAAAAACUAUGGCAGAGGGGCUGCCUAUACAACUAAAUGGGUGUCAUUAGAUGUAAAAGCUCCCUUUUUCUCUCCUUUCUGUUUCUCAAGCCCAAACCUGCUGGUGCUGGUUCUGGUGUUUCCUCCUUUUUUUUUUUUCCCUGAAAGCCCUGGGACCUGGCUGCUCUUCUUCCCCUUGGCCAGCUGCCUCCUACUCCACUCCUUGGGGUGUCUUAUCUUCGGCUCCACCUGACUGCCUCAUUCUCCAGAGAGAAAUCCAUGAGUCUUAGGAUUUUACAGAACAUGCAGUUACAAAAACAGCAAACAUAGGGAAGUUUAAAAAUCUCACAAAUUUCAUGUGGACAUGGCCCCAUAAGAGCCCCUGGCUCCCUCACAGAUGGUUGGAAGCCCCAUUGGAGCAGCACUCAGCUCUGAAGGUGGGGCCCACCCAUGGUCACCCUCCUGGCCUGACUCCCACCCUGGGAUUUCAACAUCCAAAUCAGAAUGUCUUACUCCCCCUGCUGGAAACUCUCCCCUGGCUUCCAGGUGCUUCGAGCAAGCUCUGCGUUCCUUUACCUUGGCCUUCAGGCCCUCCAGGCCCUCCAGGGUCUGGGCUCUGUUCCUCUAGCCUCCUCUUUGCCGCUCUCCUCUUCAGCCUGUAGUCCAGCCCAUGCCAGUUCUCUUGCUGUGCUUGGGACACCUCCGAGGCUCUCCACUCCAGGAGUUUUGCACAAGCUAGUCCUUGUCCCUAGAACACCCCCAUUUAUUAAGGAUAAUUCCUUCUCCACGGAGGGUCUCAGCUAAGACAGCUAGUUGCAAUGUGUGAUUCUGACCUGGAUCCUUUUGUUGGUGUCACUAACACAACUCAAGUAGACUUCUGAGAAUUAGACAGUAGUCAUUAUCAAUGUUAACAUCCUGAUUUUAGUGCCUAUAUUGUGGUAACAUAGGAAAAUUACUGAAAAGUCACCCUGACAAAGAGAGGUGAUUGCGGUAGCUUGUCUCCAACAUGGCGGACCACCACCAAUUCCUUCUUCUCUGUGCACACAAGCCAGAGUUGCAGCCUGUUCCUCUGCUCCCUUAAGGGUGGCCUGACUUAUGACUGCUUUGAGCAACAGAAUACUGCUGAAGGCAGGCUGUGUGCCUUCUGAGGCUAGGUCCCAAGGAGCCUUGCCGCUUCUGCCUGGGUCUCUCAGAAUGCUUGCUCUGAGGGAAGCCAACUGCUGUGUAAGAAGUGUGAGUACCCUGAAGCCACCGUGCUGUGAGGGAGCCCAGGCUAGUCACAUGGAAGGACCAGCUACAAAAAGAUGCCCUCAGACCACCAUCAUCUGAGACACACCAAGUAAGAACUGCUCCACUGAGCCCAUCAGGCCCAGAACACAGAAAGAUAAUAAAUUAUUUUAACCACUACGUGUUAGGUUUGUUACACAUUUAUAUAGAAUACUAACAGUGGUUGUAUUUGAAUGGUAAUGGAACUAUGAUGUGUGUAAGCUUUUUGAUAUUUCUCUCUCUCCUUUUUGCAUUAAGCAUAUAUUAAUUUGUAAUUAAAUAAACCACUUAUUUUCCCCUAGCACUUUGGGUUAAAAGUAGCAUUACCUCGUGUACCUCCCCAAAUAUGGCUGCAUCCACCAGACAGAAUGCAUUACUCACUGUGAUAUCCAUAGCAUCUAACACAAUGGUUGGAUACAGCAGAUGCUUCAUAUUUGUUGAAUAAUUGAUGUAUGGGAGCACACUGAAAAAAUUCCUCCAGGGUGAAAGGCUGUUUAUUUAUUCAUCCAUUUAUUUACUUAGAGAGAUUUAUGUUAGUCUGACAUUAUGCUUUAAAAAAAAAAACAAAACAACUAGUUCUAUGUUCUCUUUUUAAAAAAAAAGAUUUAUUAUUUAUUUGUCCAUUUAUUUAUUUUUGGCUGUGUUGGAUCUUUGUUGCUGCAUGCGGGCUUUCUCUAGUUGUGGCAAGCGGGAGCUACUCUUCGUUGCAGUGCGCAGGCUUCUCAUUGUGGUGGCUUCUCUUGUGCAGAGCACGGGCUUUAGGCACGUGGGCUUCAGUAGUUGUGGCUCUCAGGCUCUAGAGUGCAGGCUCAGUAGUUGCGGCGCAUGGGCUUAGUUGUUCCAUGGCAUGUGGGAUUGUCCCAGACCAGGGCUUCAACCCGUGUCCCCUGCAUUGGCAGGCGAAUUCUUAACCACUGCAUCACCAGGGAAGUCCCUAUGCUCUCUUUAAAAGACCCCUUUAAAGUAGCUUAAAGACACCAAAAAGUGCAGCCAUGUGUUUAGGCUAUGAUUUAUUAUCUUUUCCCCCCCUUCCACAUUUAUCUCUCCAUGCAAUUUUCUCCUCUGCUUCAUUCUGUAACUUCCCCACUCUAUGUGGACAUUUUGCCACCAUAUGUCUCCCUUUGUACUUGUAUAAGAAAAGGUAGCACAAAAAAAUAAAAUUAUAAACCAGUCUCUUUCAGGAAUAAAACUUAGAUGAAAUACCAACAGCUCAAUUCAAUCAAUAUAUAAAUAGACUAAUACUUUUUUUUUAAUUUACUUUAUUUAUUUAUUUAUUGGCUGCAUUGGGUCUUCAUUGCUGUGCAGGCUUUCUCGAGUGGAGGCUACUCUUCACUGUGGUGCGCAGGCUUCUCAUUUUGGUGGCUUCUCUUAUUGUGGAGCACGGGCUCUAGGUGCAUGGGCUUCAGUAAUUGUGGCACAUGGGCUCAAUAGUUGUGGCACACAGGCUUAGUUGUUCUGCGGCAUGUGGGAUCUUCCCCCACAUGGGAAGAUCUUCCCAGAGCAGGGAUUGAACCCGUGUCCCCUGCAUUGGCAGGCAGAUUCUUAAGCACUGCGCCACCAGGGAAGUCCCCAGACUAAUACUUGUGAUCAAGUAGGACUAAGUUCAAGAAUACAAGGAUAACAGUAGCACCAGAUAGGAUCAAGGUGGCAGAGUAGGAGGACGUGCACUCACUCCCUCUUGCAAGAGCACCGGAAUUACAACUAACUGCUGAACAAUCAUCGACAGAAAGACACUGGAACUCACCAAAAAAGACACCCCACAUCCAGAAAAAAAGGAGAAGCUGCAAUGAGACAGCAGGAGGGGCACAAUCGCAUUAAAAUCAAAUCCCAUAAAUGCUGGGUGGGUGACUCACAAAAUGGAGAACAGUUAUACUGCAGAAGUCCACCCACUAAAGUGAGGGUUCUGAGCCCCACAUCAGGCUUCCCAACCUGGGAGUCCAGCAACGGGAGGAGGAAUCCCCAGAGAAUCAGACUUUGAAAGCCAGCGGGAUUUGAUUGCAAAACCUCCACAGGAUGGGGGAAACAGAGACUCCACUCUCGGAGGGCACACAAAAAAGUGUGCUCACCAGGACCCAGGGGGAAGGAACAGUGACCCCAUAGGAGACUGAACCAGACCUACAUGCUGGUGUUGAAGGGUUGCCUACAGAGGCUGUGGCUCACCGAGGAGAUGGGCACUGGAGGCAGGGGUUCUGGGAAGUGCUCAUUGGCAUGAGCCCUCCCAGAGUCCGCCAUUAGCCCCAUCAAAGAGCCUGUAAGCUCCAGUGCUAGGUAGCUUCAGGCCGAACAACCAACAAGGUGGGAACACAGACCCACCCAUUGGCAGAAAAGCAGAUUAAAGUUUUACUGAGCUCUGUGCACCAAAUCAGAUUAAAGUCUUACUGAGCUCCUCCCACCCAGCCCUACCCACCAUCAGUCCCUCCCAUCAGGAAGCAUGCAGGAGCCUCCUAGAUAGCUUCCUCCACAAGAAGGCAGACAGCAGUAUCAAGCAGAAUCAGCAGUAUUUUGUCUUGUGGAACUGAAAACCACAGCCACAGAAAGAUAUAGAAAAUGAAAAAGCAGAGGACUUUGUACCAGAUGAAGGGUCAGGAUAAAACCCCAGAAAAACAACUAAAUGAGGAGGAGCUAGGCACCCUUCCAGGAAAAGAAUUCAGAAUAAUGAUGGUGAAGAUGAUCCAGGCCUUUGAAAAAAGACUGGAUGCAAAGAUCAAAAAGUUUACCGAAGACCUAGAAGAAUUAACGAACAAACAAACAGAGAUAUGCAACACAAUAACGGAAAUGAAAAAUACACUAGAAGGAACCAAUAGCAGAUUAACUGAGGCAGAAGGGCAAAUAAGUGACCUGGACGACAGAAUGGUGAUAAUCACUGAUGCAGAAAAGAAUAAAGAAAAAGGAAUGAAAAGAACAGAAGACAGCCUAAGAGACCUCUGGGACAAUGUUAAAUGCACCAACAUUCGCAUUAUAGGGGUUCCAGAAGGAGAAGAGAGAGAGAAAGAACCCAAGAAAAUAUUGAAAGAGAUUAUAGUUGAAAAAUUCCCUAACAUGGGAAAGGAAAUAGCUGCCCAAGUCGAGGAAUUGCAGAGUCCCAGGCAGGAUAAACCCAAGGAGAAGCACGCCAAGACAUAUAGUAGUCAAGUUGACAAAAAUUAAAGACAGAGAAAAGUUAUUAAAAGCAGCAAGGGAAAAACAACAAAUAACAUACAAGGGACCUCAUAUAAGGUUAACAGCUGGUUUCUCAGCAGAAACUCUGCAAGCCAGAAGGGAGUGGCAUGAUAUAUUUCAAGUGAUGAAAGGGAAGAACCUACAACAAAGAACACUCUACCCAGCAAGGAUCUCAUUCAGAUUGGACAGAGAAAUCAAAAGGUUUACAGACAAGCAACAGCUAAGAGAAUUCAGCACCACCAAACCAGCCCUACAACAAAUGCUAAAGGAACUUCUCUAAGCAGGAAACAUAAGAGAAGAAAAGGACCUACGAAAACAAAAACAAAACAAUUAAGAACAUGGUAAUAGGAACAUACAUAUCGAUAAUUUCCUUGAAUGUAAAUGGACUAAAUGCACCAACCAAAAGACACAUACUGGCUGAAUGGAUACAAAAACAAGACCCAUAUAUAUGCUGUCUUGAAGAGACCCACUUCAGACCUAGAGACACAUACAGAUGGAAAGUGAGGGGAUGGAAAAAGAUAUUCCAUGCAAAUGGAAAUCAAAAGAAAGCUGAAGUAGCAAUACUCAUAUCAGAUAAAAUAGACUUUAAAAUAAAAAAUGUUACAAGAGACAAGAAAAGAUGUUACAUAAAGAUCAAGGGAUCAAUCCAAGAAGAGGCGAUAACAACUGUAAAUAUAUAUGCACCAAGUAUAGGAGCACCUCAAUACAUAAGGCAAAUGCUAACAACUGUGAAAGAGGAAAUGCAGGGCAGAAAUAGAGACACAGAUGUAGAUAACAAACAUAUGGACACCAAGUGGGGAAAGUGGGGAGGGUUGGGGGGGAAUGAAUUGGGAGAUUGGGAUACCAACUUGUACACUCUAAAUAUAUGCUGUUUAUUGUCUGUUAACUGUAUCUCAAUAAAAGCUCAUUAAAAAAAGAAUACAAGGAUAAUGUAACAAUAGAAAAUUUGUUAAUAUUAAUAUGUUUCAUAGAUCAAAAGAGAAAAAUAUUAUCAUCCUAAAGAAAAGAUUCUUAGUAAACUGUAUCAUGAGGAAUACUUCCUUAACAUGAUAAAAAAAUAAUAUUAAAUGAACACUUACUGAGAUAUAGUGUAUGCAAGGCACUGCAUUAAGUUUUAGGGACUAAAAUAUUAAAUAAGGCAAGUUUACAAAGGACUAAUCUCAAAAAUAUAUGAACAGUUCAUCCAGCUCAAUAUCAAAAAAAACAAGCAACCCAAUCAAAAAAUGGGCAGAAGACCUAAAUAGGCAUCUCUCCAAAGAAGACAUCCCGAUGGCCAAGAGGCACGUGAAAAACUGCUCAACAUCACUAAUUAUUAGAGAAAUGCAAAUCAAAACGACAAUGAGGUAUCACCUCACACCGGUCAGAAUGGGCAUCAUCAGAAAAUCUACAAACAGUAAAUGCUGGAGAGAGUGUGGAGAAAAGGGAAUGCUCUUGCACUGCUGGUGGGAAUAUAAAUUGAUACAGCCACUAUGGAGAACAGUAUGAAGGUUCCUUGAAAAACUAAAAAUAGAGUUGCCAUCUGACGCAGCAAUCCCACUGCUGGGCAUAUACCCAGAGAACACCAUAAUUCAGAAAGACACAUGCACUCCAGUGUUCAUUGCAGCGCUAUUUACAAUAGCCAGGACAUGGAAGCAACCUAAAUGUCCAUCAACAGAUGACUGGAUAAAAAAGAUGUGGUACAUAUAUACAAUGGAAUAUUACUCAGCUGUAAAAAGGAAUGAAACUGGGACAUUUCUAGAGACAUGGAUGGACUUGGAGACUGUCAUACAGAGUGAAGUGAGUCAGAAAGACAAAAACAAAUACCGUAUAUUAACACAUAUAUGCGGAGUAUAGAAAAAUGGUACAAAUCAACCUGUUUGCAAGGCAGAAAUAGAGACACAGAUGUAGAGAACAAACAUAUGGACACCAAGUGGGGAAAGUGGGGAGGGUUGGGGGGGAAUGAAUUGGGAGAUUGGGAUACCAAAUUGUACGCUCUAAAUAUAUACAGUUUAUUGUCUGUUAACUGUAUCUCAAUAAAAGUUCUAAAAAUAAAUAAAUAAAUAAGGCAAGUUUCUGCUUUCAAGAAGCUCAAACAUGUACUAUUGAUCACAAAACAUUACUAGUUUCCUCUUCUGCAAGUGGACCUUUGGUCUUACAACUGAGAAUUCAUCCAAAAGAUAUUUCAAAUUAAGAUAUUUUCAUAAUGUUCAUUGCAGUAUAUUUUUAGUAGCAAAAUCUCUUAACCUUAAUGUCCAGUAAUAGGAGAUAGUAUGGAAAUUUCUUUGUGUUAACUCAGCAGAAUAUUAUGCAUUCAUUAAUGUUUCAUUCAGUACCCACAGUGUGCCAACAACCUAACAGACAGGCUAAAUUAGUUCAAAGACAAUGCAGUGAUAUUGAACACUGUAUAUGUAGUAAAACUAGUUAUUAAAAGGAGAAGAGAGUUUCUCAGCAUUUUGGAUCAGAUAGUUUUGUUGGGGGCUGUGGGUUUGUCCUGUUUAGCAGCACCCCUGGUCUCUACUGGUGGGUCCGUAGCACACCCUCCUGCUUAAUUCUUUGGGUCUUUUUGGUUUGGUUUGGUUCUUUUUUUUUUUUUUUUUUUGGCUGUGUUGGGUCUUAGUUGCAGCAUGCAGGAUCUUCGUUGCAACAUGUGGGAUCUUUUGCUGAGGCACAUGGGCUUCUCUCUAGCUGUGGCGUUCAGAUUUUCUCUUCUCUCUAAUUGUGGCAUGCAGAUUUUCUCUUCUCUAGUUGUGGUGCGCAGGCUCCAGAGCACGUGGGCUCUGCAGUUUGUGGCACGUGGGCUCUCUAGUUGAGAUGCGCGGGCUCAGUAGUUGUGGCUUGCAGGCUUAGUUGCCCUGCGGCAUGUGGGGUCUUAGUUUCCCAACCAGGGAUGGAACCCAUGUCCCCUGCUUUGCAGGAUGGAUUCUUUACCACUGGACUACCAGGGAAGUCCCUCCUGCUUAGUUCUGACAACUAAAAAUGUCUCCACACAAUGCCAAAUACCUCCUGGGGAGCAAAUUUGCCUUUGGUCGAAUAUAAUACGUAUUCAACAUAUAACACAAUUUUCCAUAUAUAGUUUUGUCUACAACUGUAUAAAAACCUAUAUGUAAGUGAAUAAAAAACGGAAGAAACAAUGAGGGAACAAUACUUGCUAUGGUUAUUGGUGGAAUUCUGGUUGUAAUUUCUUUUCUCAGAUUUUCUAAUUAUUUUAGCAGUAAAUACAGCCCAUUUUUAAAAUGUGCCUUUUGAACAGAUUUAGGGAAAGCUUUCAGUCCAGGAACACCAGCAAAACUCUGUGGCUGUGCCCUUUGGGGGGCUGAUAUGUGAUGUUAAUUUCCCUAUGCAGCCCCUGAGUUCCAGCACUCCACAGAGAGGCCUUGGCUAAGUGUACAUCUCCCUAUAUGUGUGUAUCAAGACCACCGAUUUCUGCUCAUAGCAGUUCCCAGGUGACUGUGUCUGUAAUUUCUGGUGCACCUUUGAUACCAGCUGUUAUGGUUAGUUUUAUGUGUCAACUUGACUGGGCCUAGAUAUUUGGCCAAACAUUAUUCUGGGUGUUUCUGUGAGGGUAAUUUUGGAUAAGAUUAACAUUUAAAUCAAUAGACUCAGUGAAGCAGAUUUCCCUCUAUAAUGUAUGUGGGCCUCAUCCCAUCAGUUGAAGGCCUAAUUAGAACAAAAAGGCUGACCCUCACCUGAAUAAGAGAGAAUUCUCCUACCUGACAGCCUUGAACUAGGACAUUGGCGUUUUUUCCCAUCUUGGACCCAAACUGAAACUUGGACCCAAAUUUGGGUCUUCCUAGGUUCCCGGCCUUUGGACUGAGACUGGAACUAAAGCAUUGGCUCUUCUGCGUCUCCAGCUGGCUGAAUCCAUCUGCAGAUCUUGGGACUUGUCAGCCCCCAGGACCAACAGGAGAUAGAUAGAUAGACAGAUAGAUAGAUAGAUACAUACAUACAUAGACAGUUAGAUUUAUUAUAAGGAAUUUAUUUGUUUGUUUGCUGUUUAUAUACUAUUGGUCCUGUUUCUCUGGAAAACACUGACUAAUGCACCAGCAAAGUUUCACCUCCAGGUCCAACUGGGCCUUUCCAAAGAAGUCCACAGCAAGAUGUCACCAGCCUGGUAAGUUCAUCAGACUCAAACACAAGCCCCCACUAGUGUGGUUUCCAUGUCUAAUUCUCAAAAGGCUUUGACCUUGGGCUGGCCCACCAUGUUGCAUAUCCCUGCUCAGAUCUGACCUUUGUUAAGGGGUGAACCCACACUGAGCCUUUGUGCUCAAUGAAAGGUGACCUUUCCCUUUGCUUCUUCUUUUACUCUAAAGACAUGAUUUUGGCAAACUAUAUACAUCCCAGAAACAACUUCAGCUUGCUUUUGUGUUGAUUUCACUUCUCCACUUUCAGUGUUGGAAAAUGACAGAAAUCUGCAACCAGCAAUGCCCUGCUGUGUGACUGAGAGAGGACAAACCUUUCCUAUCCCACUGAGCAUUCAUUUUUGUGUUUUCUUUUAGAAAUGAAGCAAAAAUGUAUUCUGACAGAUGCCUUCGACUCCCUUUGCAAACACAGCUAUAUAGAGUAGGCUCAGAAAAGUGACGAGAUGUUGCUUUAACUGCACUGGUGGUGGAGAAUGAGUUAGACUGGGCACAGCACACACUGACACAACCAAUCACCCAGUCACAUCGUGGCCUUAGGAUGCCCAUGAGCUCUUGGGGGCAGGCAAACUUGCUUCAAGGUUCCAAAUAUCUAAGUAUUCCCAGAGUGUUACCUUGUGACACAGGAGGGAGUUGCUGAGAUGCCGAAGUUCGUGGCUGAGAAAGAGUUUAUUCACAAGGCAGCCAAGAAAGGAGAAAGGAGAACAAGUCCAUAUCCACCUCCCUGGUGAGGAACUUGAGAUAUUUAUGGAAUAAAGAAGCAGGCUGGUGUUAGGCGUGGGGAAAGGGGAUUGGAGGUAGGGAAAGGGUGAGGUAAUUGGUAUUCUGAGCAGACACACCUGAGUGACAUACUUCUUCAUGGAAUACAUGUUCAAAACUAGAGCUUAGCAUGACCUGGGGGUGAAGUUUUCAGCCCUCUGACUUCAAAAGUUCGUGUGUCGAACAGCUGCACAGGCCUGGGUUUGUGGUCAGUGGGUGGCUGGAACUGGGCAGCAGCGGAUUCCAGGUUCCUCAACUUAAGCCUCCUCCCUCCCCAUUACUGUUGUGACCCACACAUCAGAGGCAUUGUCCAUAAGGGUGGUUAAAAAGUCUGGUGGUAUAUUACCUAGGCUGCAUGAAGCUUGGAGGGUAUGCAGUUAAAGAAAAGAAAGAACAACUAAAGCAGGCUUAAUUGCUAAAGGCAGGUUACAAGCAAGCGGGUUUUUAACAACCUGUUCCAUUAUCUGCUGUUCUGUAAGACACAUUCGAGGACUUCUGUUAAGGCACCAGCUUCUGUUAACCCUAUGGGGUAUGGUUUCAAAGUCUGCACUUGUAUGCUAAAAUCAUGGGAUCAUAGGACGGAAGAUCUUGUGCUCAGCUGAACCCAAAGAAUUCUGACCAGGGUCAUGCUAUUCGCACAGAUAGACUGGGUAACAAUGGAAAAUAAACUUAGCCAACCUAUGCUAAAUUUUCUUCUGUCAAAUCUGGCCAACCUAUUUUGUAGGGCAUUUGUGAGAAUCAAAUGAAAUAAUAAUAACAAUGAAAAUGGAAAAUACUUACAUAGUACUUAUUACGUGCCAGGCACUGUUUUAAGUGCUUUUACACAUGUGAACUUCUAACAGCAGUAAAAAAUUUAAAAUCGUGAAAGCAUUCUGCAAAAGCAAUGUGUUAGUAUUAGAAAUAUAAUUACUAAUCAUUGUCAUCGUGCACUUUUGCAUAAGCAACUAUAUCCAGAAGCAAGUUCUUGCCGUAACAGAUAUUGCAGUGAGCACCAAGAUAUUAAUGAUGACCAGGAAACAAAAUGAUCUAGCCAGCCGAAUGUGGCAGUCUCUACUCACUCUAGGAAGCCUCUUGGCCUUAUCCACAUGAUAGAAUCUGCCUUUCCCAGCAGAAGGACACAGAUACUUGAUACUUAGCAGAGCCCUGUGGGGCUCCUGGGCACAAAGCCUUUUUCUGUCCCCUGUUUCUCUGAUUAUGGGAAAACAGCCUUCAUUCAGCCUCCAUGACCCUCCCUGAGUUCCAAUGGGCAGAUUCAAGCAGUUGUUAAGUAGGGAAGGGAGGGGACGCACGAGACCUGGGAGAAACAGGCAAGAGCAGCCUUGGGGCAGAUCUUGUUUCCCCAGCAACAAUACACACAACAACAUCUUUGAGCUGUUUUGCAGACGUUGAAACCCCCUCCAGGUGGGAGACGUUAAUGAUGAAUGAGGGUUCGCUGCCCACACGCAUGGAGACCCCGGACCAGUUGGACCUGAAGGUGGAUGAUGCUGACUCCUCCUUAGCUCACCACCCACCCAUCAGAAGAAGAAUCCUACCUUCACUUUUUACCCACGUGUGCAUCCCACAGAGAUGAUGGACGAGGAGGUAUGACUUCCUUCAGGGACAUGACAUGCUUGUCUGGGCAGCUCCACUGGGACUUAGGACCCAUGAUGUUCCACUACUGAGAUGGGGUCACAAUUCAUGGACUACAUCCCCAGGAUUUCUGAUCCCUAACCUGCCUGUGACCAUUGUGAUGGAACAAGGGCAAAAACUGUUGGUCUCAGAUUCUAAUGGCUUCAAAGAGAGGGAGAGUUUGAAAAGCACUUUUACAGGAGAUGAAAGUAAGAAUAAUCUGGAAAUUGUUCAACCCAAUAACUCUAAGGCAGACAAAGAUAGAGCCUCAAAAUGGUCUAAAAGUGAUGGCCCACAAAAUUAUAAGCAUGAGGACACACAAAAAAUGCCAUUGACAUGGUCUCAGGGAUGUGAAAUUGAGUGUGAGGAUGCCUGUGAGAAUGAUGGCAACUUGGAGAAUGAGGGAAAUUCUACAGGAAAAGAGGAGGAAAAACCCCAUCACUGGGGAUGGGACCCAGGAGAACACACCAGGGCUGCUGUCCAGCAGAAUUCAUCCUUCGGGGACAAACCCUACAAAUGUUCUGAAUGUUGGAAAAGCUUCAGUAAUAGCUCUCAUCUUCGAACUCACCAGAGGACCCACUCAGGAGAAAAACCUUAUAAAUGUUCUGAGUGUGGAAAAUGCUUCAGUAACAGCUCUCACCUGAUUCAGCAUCUGAGAACACACACAGGCGAAAAGCCCUACCAGUGUAGCGAAUGUGGGAAAAGCUUCAGCAACACCUCCCAUCUUAUUAUCCAUGAAAGAACUCACACAGGAGAGAAACCCUAUAAAUGUCCUGAGUGUGGGAAAAGUUUCAGUAGCAGCUCUCACCUUAUCCAGCAUCACAGAUCACAUACAGGUGAAAAACCAUAUGAAUGUCCAGUUUGUGGGAAAUGCUUCAGCCACAGUUAUGUCCUAGUAGAACAUCAGAGGACCCACACUGGAGAAAAACCUUAUAAGUGCCCUGACUGUGGCAAGAGUUUUAGUCAGAGUUCUAGUCUGAUUCGCCACCAGCGGACACACACAGGUGAGAAGCCCUACAAAUGUCCUGAGUGUGGAAAAAGCUUUGGUUGUAAUUCUACUCUCGUAAAGCAUCAGAGAAUACAUACAGGAGAAAAACCCUAUCAGUGUACGGAAUGUGGGAAGAAUUUCAGUCGAAGUUCAAACCUUAUUACACACCAGAAAAUGCACACAGGCGAGAAAUCCUGUGAAAGAUCUGGAUAUGAAGAAAGUUUGAGUCAGAACUGCAGUAUGAUAGAAGAAUGCAGAAUCCAGCCAGGAGACAAACCAUAUAAAUGUUGUGAAUGUGGAAAGAGUUUUGGCCUCAGCUCCCACCUCAUAAGACAUCAGAGAACACACACAGGAGAAAAGCCUUACAGAUGUUCUGAGUGUUGGAAAACUUUCAGUCAGAGUUCCACCCUGGUAAUUCACCAAAGGACGCACACAGGAGAGAAACCUUAUAAAUGUCCUGAUUGUGGUGAGUGCUUCAGUCAGAGCUUUAACCUUAUCAGGCACCGGAGGACCCACAUAGGAGAAAAACCUUACAAAUGUACUGACUGUGAGAAAUGCUUCAGCAGAAGUGCCUACCUCAAUCAGCAUCGGAAAAUUCACAUAGAAAAGUCUUUUGCAUCUCCUGAAGUUGAAGAUUUUCCUCAUGAAUGGACUUAGAAAAACUGUUCUGGAGAAAUGGCCCUCAUCUCUUCAUUUUCAAUCCCAAAUUCAUCUCCCUCCUGAGUCCCAAAGUCUGUUUUUGGGGGUUUUUUUUUUCCUUUUCUUAUUGGACCAUUACAAUUAAAGUGUUCUCUGAUCAUAGUGUUACAAAAUUUCUUUGGGUUUUUUGCCAAAACAUUUGGGAAAAGUCAACCUCCAGGCUUAGAGGUUGGGAAGACCCAGAUCAUCAGGUUAUUGGAUCUGCCCAGUGAGAGAUACUGCCAGUGAUGAAGAGGAAGAAGAAUAUUUUUUAUUUAAGGUAAGACAGGAAUAGCAUCAAAGGAAAACAUGGAGAGAAAUCCUGGGAGACUCAAGAUGAGACUGUCAUUGAAUUUCCUUAUUUCCUGUUUCCUGAUUGGGUGGCAACAAAUCAUUACUGUUCUCAGGGAUUUACCUAGAGAAAGAUUCUUUUUGAACAAAUAAUGUGAUUUCCUGGCUAUUUUGUUGGGUCUUAAGGAAGAAAAGAUUAAUUUUUUUUUCAAAUAUGUUUUUAUUUGCUGAAAAUUAGCUUUUGCAGCAUCUAGAACUGCACUGUCUGGUACAAUAGCCCCUAGCUACGUGUGAGUAUUUAAGUUUAAAUUAAUUAAGAUGAAAUGAAAUUUAAAAUCAAGUUCCUUAGUCACACAAACCACUUGCCAACUGCUCAAUAGCCACACACGACUGGUGACUGCUGUAUUAAAUGUCACAAAUAGUUCUUUCAAGGUCAUCAUUCUUGACAGAUCUGGUUGCUAUAAGACUGUAGGAGAAAUGUGCUCUGGGGUUUCUGUUCUGCAAGAGGAAUUUCAGUGUUGAGUAGAAAUGGUAUAGAGUUGUCUUUAUUUUUAUUUUUAUUUUUUAAAUUUUGGCCACACCAUGUGGCUUGUGAGAUCUUAGUUCCCUGACCAGGGAUUGAACCUGCAUCCUUGGCAGUGAAAGCAGGGAGUUCUAACCACUGGACCACCAGGGAAGUCCCUGGGAUAGAGUUUUGAAGGCACUCGGUCUAAAGCUUGGCUGUUUUGAUGAUUGUGUGUUUUACAUUCAGUGUUCUCUGCCAUCUAGUGAUAUGAUCCUAUUGUCUUGGCCAAGGUCAGAUUAGGAGGUAGGAUUCUUGAACUGUUCUAAGGUUUUCUGUCAAAUUGUCCUUUCCCCUCAGUUUUCCUAUUAUGGAAGUCCUCAUCAGAUCAGAAACUGGUUUCUUUUUUCUAAUAAUUAACUCACUCAGUCUGAGCCAGUGUCCAGGGACAGUUUGUCCUUGGAGCCCCAAAUUCCUUACUUCCGGUCUCAGCAGUUUUCUUUUGCCUCUUGACUUAAGUGAUGUGUGGAUCUGGUAACUGAGACAUCAUCCUCCCUGCUCAUCUGUCCAAUGGGAAUGGUGCUUUGUAAAGUAUUAAGCUAUUCCAUAUGCCCCCACCUCCAUUUCUUCCUGCCAGCACAAAAGGUAGAUGUGUAGGAAGGUCAGGACUUGCCUAGGACUUCAUUCUUUCUUUGGAGUCAAAAGUAUAUUUUCUGAAGAAUAGGUGGAGAUGCACAUUAGGAAUGUGGAGCCAGAAGGGGCCAAUUACAGCUGCUGCAAAGGGCUGUAUAUAGCUGGUGGGUGACUGAAUUCAUGGGGAUUAUUUCUUUCAUGAGUAUGGCACCCCUGAUACCAGUGAGGCAAUUGUGUCUUUUUAUAUUGUUAUAGGAUUUUAAAAUGAAGCAAAGCUAACAAUUAAAGGUAUCCAGCAAGUCUUUGGGGGUGAUUUUCUGCUUUCAAAAAGGGGGAGAACAUUAUUGGGCAUCAUUAGCUUUAAUGUGAUGCUUACUUAAGCAUCCUUUUACCUUUGUGUGUUAUAUAGUAUUACCCAAAUUGUCUUAAACUGUAAUAUCUGAGGAUAAGUGUUUACAGUAUUUUUUACUACACACAACUGAGAGUUUGAUUAAUGUUUGAUAAGAGUUUGAUUAAUGAUCAGUUGCAGGCUGAUGGGGUGGUGUGCAGUCAUUGAUCCCAUUAUGUGUGGCAAGUAACCACUCUGAGCCUGUUUCCUCAUCUGUAAAGCAGAGAUAAUGCCUACCUUUCAGGGUUUCGGUAAGGGUUAAAUAAAUGUUUGCAAAGCAGCUAGCACAGUGCUUAAAAUAUAGUGGGUCUAAAUAAAUGGUAACUGGUUAUUAUUAAUGGAAACAAAUUGAAAAAUAUCCUCUACAUAUUUUCAGAAGCAGCAGUACAGCCCCAAACUCUCCUACUUGGGGAUUCUUUAUGAUAAACCUCAGGAACUCUGAGGAAUAAGGUAGUAUAAAAACACAAGACUAUGUUGUAUUUUAAGUUUGCAGACUACUGAAAACACUUUUAUUUGAUUCAGCUUAUUGAAUUUUUUUGUUGUUGCUCAUGAAACAGAAGAUUCAGUUUAAGUCGGGAAAGAACAAAACAGCAAGUUCAGUUUUAGUUAAUUUGCAUCUGAAGGGAUUAACAGUUGGUACAAUUUACAUCUUAUCACCAUCCCUACACUGUUUUAUGACUGCCCACAAUUAUAUAAAAUUACUUCACAAACCUUGAUGUCUGUAGGAGCACAGACAUUCACAUUUUAGAGGAGUUAAGAUGGGCUUCAUUAGUAAAACAAUUUGGCAAGAAUCAUUGUCUCUUUGGAUUAAAAAUUAGGGAAACACAAGAGAGAGUUGUCACUUAUGGUGGAGAAUUUAACAUAGUCAAAUUUAAUCCUAGUUAAUGCCUUUGCCUCACUUUCAUUAAUCAGCAAAUAAGUUCUUUGUUUAGCUCCCGAAGAAAUAAAUGUUCUGUAUUCUGUUUUUCUUGGCAGCACAAAGGAUUCAGCACCUGAAUUAAUAAAGCAUUCUUAUUUACAACUGAUGUUUCAUACUUUCUUUUUAAUUAAAGAGAAGACUCCUUCCUGUAUUCACUUUUUCCUCCUCACAGUAGGAGCUUAUGUAUUUUUUCCCUGCAGUGGAGUGGGGAAAUUCAUGUUAAUGAACCUAUUCACAAAUGUAGCAGGGAACCCACUCCCUAGCUGCUUUAUAGCCUACAAGGAAGUAUAUAGUACCUGAAAUAAAAGUUUGCUUCCAUCAUUCUAAGCCAUUCAGGUUUGAUCUACCAAAUGGUCUUCUUGAUGCUGUAGAAGUUCCCUUAUUGAUGGUGAGAGGUAGUGGGGUAUGGUCUGUGACAAUUGCUCCUUACACAUUAGUCCCACAUAUUCACCUUUGCCAAUCUCUCAGUUUCUGGUAAUCAUUGUAAUGAUAAAACUCAUUGCUUUUUAUUCUGUAUUUGAGUUUGUGUAAUUCCUUUCAAGCAGCAUAAUCAUUCAUUCAACAAAAGUUUACCUGAUGCCUAAUAUGUGUCUAGCAGAGGUCAAAUGACAAUGGGAGGGACAGAUAUAGACUAAUAGUAGGACAGUGUGCAGCUUUUCAGAUGACUCCUUUCUCCUUGCCAACUCUUAAAUUAUACUUAUUAUGCUGAACCCUCUAUCUUCAGAUUUCAUAAUUUGAUAAUCUGAGGAGCUAGAGGUAACAUAGAUAAAAGUGGGUUAGGUUUAUUGUGAAAAUGUAAGCUUGGUGAAGUUUGACACAAUGCUUUCUUUGCACAUAGUGGUACUCAGUAGUUACUGAGUGGGCAUCAUAUGCUUAUAUGUUUUAUGCUAACAUCCAAGAGUAUGUCCUUCCAGGAUAUGUGUUUCUACUAGACUGUCAACUCCUUGAGUCAGAGAAUGGAUUUCAUUUUUGUAAUCCCAAAGCCUGACACAAAGCCUGGCAUGUCAAGUGUUUGUUGGUUCUGGUUGAGGGGUAUUCACCGAUGGAUAAAGUCUACUGGAUUAGUCUGUACAGUCUCAGCGUCCCCUUGGGCCCUUUAACACCACUGCUUGUCCAGUCCACAGAGGCUGGGCUGGUUUGAAACUGAAAGUGACUGCCCUAGGAAGCUGAGCCUAUCCUCACAAUAACCCUAGAGGACCCUAAAGUGUCCCAAUUGUUCAGAAUUCUGUGGAAGUAAGACCCUGGGCUUUUGAUUCAGACUACCUAGAAGAGGUUUAAAACGUGUUUCAAAUUCAUGUUUCAGUCACGCUUUGUAUUAUGUGCUUACCUUGUAAGAUUUAGUAAGCAGUGAAUGAGGUGAGGUACCUGGCAUAUGAUAGGUGUUAAGGAAAUAAUGUUUUUCUUCUCUGUUCACCCUCAUUUGCUCAUAAUUUUGCCAAGUAUAGGCUCUAGGCAUGGAAAUGUUUAAUCAUUUUUUGGAUUGAUUGUUUCUAGGUUUCUAAAAUAAAGAUAUUAAGAACAUUUAGUUCAUGGAUUUGUUGUGAGGAUCAGUGAGAUAAUGUAUAUAAUAUGCUUAGCAUUGUUGAUACCUAGUAAUCACUCAAUGGUAGCUAUUGUUACCAUCAUAAAGUGGCUCGAGACCAUGUGGGUCUUUUGGAUUAUCUUUGAAGGUAACCUCAGAGACAAUCAAGUCAAGGCAAAGGAUGGUCCAAAUGCUUGGUUGUAAAGAAUCCUGGUAAUAAUGAUAUUGUGGACAUGUAGUCACUUAUAAGCAGAGGUAGCUUAUGGGUGCUAAGACAGCUAGGUUGCUGAUCUAACAUUGCUUGACUGGUAAAAUUAGAUCUUCUAGGAUUUGACUCAGUGAGUGAUGAUGUAGAAGCUUUGGUUGAAAAGGGAUAAUGAUUAAUCUGACCCACGCUAAGUCAUAUGGAUAAAUGGUCAGAUUAAAGAAAACUUGGGUU